AUGAAAAAAGCAGAAGAACAACGAGCUUUUGUUCCUGUUGACACAUUGUGUUUAUUGUGAAAUAUGAAACUUUUUUUCAGUGGGAGGUGACAGCAACAGGAGUGUGAUAACAUAGUCCCACAGGCCGGCAGGGGAAUGGACGAGCAGAGCAGGAUCACUUUCAGGAUUCUCCAGACUGAGCCUUGGCUGUUGUAGCUCCCCGUGCUCAUUUUUUGCUGGGCAACCAGAUUUCCAGGCAACCAGAGGGAAGCCCUGAUCUUCCGUCUCCAAACCUGAGGCCAAGACACCAGGAUUUGAUCACGACACCAUGUGGACCGGUGAAGCCCUGGUCAGAGCUGCCCCGUCUGCUCAAGCUCUACUUCUGCUUCACCAUAGCGUCUCUGCUGGCCCUGCUUGGCCUGACCCUGUACAGCAUCUCCAAGCAGGCCAUAGACACUGACUUGUAUGAUGAGGAAAACUUAACUGUAUCUCUCAUCCAGUUGGUUGGAAUAUUGUUCUGCAUCUACUACAUCAGCCGGGGGUGUUGCAGGAGAAUACACAGGAGCUGGUGGUGUUUGUACUCAGCGUGUUGUUGGUUAUGUUUCGAUCUGUGGUCAACUUCUCUGUGCUGGGAUCAAAGGACAAGCAGCAGCUGCUGGUUCGUUUUGUGUGCAUCAUGUGUUUUGGCGGCAUCCACGUCAUCUGCACCAUACUGCUCAUCCUGAUGCCCAACAGGAUGGCGUUCCGUGUGGGCGGGGCCUUGGAUAGCAUCCAGGUGCAAUACUUCCUGCUGAACCUGUGUUUCUCCAUGGUGACCUUUGACCUUCAGGCUCAGUUGUGUCUUUGUAUCCUGAUCACAACGACGGACUCGGCCAUGUCUGUUCCUAACAGCAUCGUCCUGGGCUUCGGAGUGGUGUGGGCCUUACUUACCGCCGCUGUUGGGGCUACUGCGGUUUUAAAGGAAUCCAAGGUCUUAGUUUGGGUCUUCAUGGUGCAGAACCUUCCUCAACUAGCCUUCUUUUGUUACCUGAUGUACGAGUUGGUAAGGAAAUGGUACCAGGACAGCACGUACACCCUGGAGGCAGCAGCCGUCACCGGAGCUUUGAUUUCACUGGUGAUUAAAGGGGUUUUACUCUGGGGCCUCAUCAGACUGGUGCACAGCUUUGGACAAGGCCUGAGGGAGAGGAGUGAGUAUACUGUCACAUGUCACUGCGUUUCCUUUCUCGGUUCCAGUCAUUCAAACAUUACUCUGGGCAGAAGACAAAACAAACGCUACAUCAGGGGAAUAUUAACUAAGCUCUGCAGAUUUCUAAAUAUCAUGAACUGCUACACCUCUUUAUGUUGUCUUGAUCAUGUCCCUGAUUCUGAGAAAUCUACGUUUUUCAAACUGUACUAACCUUGAGCGUG